AUGUUUCUUUCUCUGGACUCCCUACAAUCAACCCAGGGCAACAUCACAGUCGAGUCAUCAUCCCGUCUAGACGUCAAUUUCACAAGCUUAUAUUCCACGGAGACCAUCCAGCUGAAUGGAAACAUCACAAGCGCCGGGUUUCCCUCCCUCACCCAGGUCACUCGUGUUACAAUCAACACCACCAACCCCAUUGACUGCAGUUCCUUCCAGAGCGCCCUCAAGUAUGCAGCCCCGACUUCCAACUCCACCUGCAACGGUACAGGAGUGACAGGCACAAGCGGGCGAGGGUUGACCACUCGCGCGAAGGUGGGGAUAGCGGUGGGAGUGAGUAUCGCCGGCAUUGUGAUUGUGGGGUUGAUCAUCUGGUACGAGCAGAGGAUGGCGAGGAACUAUAAAGCGCGAGCGGGGUUCUCCUGGGGACCGCCGAUUCCGCUGCAGGAGAGGACAAGGAGGAGAAGUGCGCGGGAGGAUGAUCCGCCGCCACCUUAUUCGUUGCAUCCGCCUGCUGACUGA